CAAUCACGUCCGCGUGGCGCAGUUAAAUCUGAUGACUCAAAACGCUGAGAUGAUGCUAGCACGCUAGAGCUGAUGUUCUCGGAAACACCCAUAUAUACGCAUCAAAUCUGAUCAUGUCUGCUGAGGUCGAAGAGUCGGCACCCGCCCAAGCCCCUGCUCCAGCAGCAACCAAAGCGAAGAAGACCUCGGCGAAUAAGGCAAAACCUGCCGUGACUGCUUCUCCAGCUAAAAAGAAGAAAAAGAAGAGCAAGGGGCCCGGCAAGUACAGCCAGCUCGUCAUCGAUGCGAUCCGAACCCUGGGCGAGAAAAACGGCUCAUCGCUUUUCAAGAUAUACAAGGAAGCGAAGACCGUGAGCUGGUUUGAUCAGCAGAACGGCCGCAUGUAUCUGCGCUACUCCAUCCGCGCGCUCCUGCUCAACGACACGCUCGUGCAGGUGAAGGGACUGGGAGCCAACGGCUCGUUCAAACUCAAUAAGAAGAAAUUUGAGACAAAGCCAAAGAAGAGUGCCACCAAGGCGACCAAGACAGAAAAACCUGCAAAGCCGGCGUCCAAAAAAGAUGCGACCAAGAAAGUGACUGCAAAGAAGAGCGCCAAAAAGAGCCCCGUUAAAAAGAAGACCCCGAAGAAGACGAGUGUUAAGAAGGCGACACCCAAACCGAAGAAAGCAGCUGCAAAAAAGCCAAAAGUCCCGGUGAAGAAGGCAACUAAGGCGAAGAAAUCAAAAUAGACUUUCUGUGAAAAUGAAGAAUAAUAUUUUUGUAUAUAGCUUCUUGGAAAGAGAACACAGAGAUAAGGGGAAUUGGUUUUUUAAUAUAUAUAUAUUGAUAUUUUUGUUGACUUUAGCCAGGUAUACUGUCAUUUAGGGUUUGAUGUAGUUCUUCUAGAAACGACGCGCCCACUUU